AUGGCGACCUCCGAAAACCCGCGUGUCUUUUUCGACAUCACCCUCGGGGGCGAGCCUCUCGGGCGCAUCACCUUUGAGCUCUUCGCGGACGUGGUCCCCAAAACUGCAGAGAACUUCCGCCAGUUCUGUACGGGCGAGUCCGGCUUGAAGGACAAAUUCGGUAAUCCCAAGGGCUACAAGGGCUCCAAGUUCCACCGCAUCAUUCCCAACUUCAUGUGCCAAGGUGGCGACUUUGAGAAAGGCGACGGCACCGGGUCGAUCUGCAUCUGGGGCACCAAAAGCUUCGAGGAUGAGAACUUCAAGCUGAAGCACGACCAGCCCGGCCUGCUGUCCAUGGCUAAUGCGGGCCCCAACACCAACGGCUCGCAGUUCUUCAUCACGACUGUGCCGACCCCGUUCCUGGACGGCAAGCACGUCGUCUUCGGCAAGGUGCUUGACGGCAUAGACGUUGUCAGGAAGAUGGAGCACACCAAGACGGGCCGUCGGGGCAGGGAUGUGCCCGAUCUCGACGUCGUCAUUUCCCAGUGCGGUGAGCUUUAG